AUGUUGACCGGUUCGUGUCUUUGCACCGUGAACAGAUACACAAUCUUGAACGAGGAUGCUACUGUAUUCAGGAAGAUAAUAUGUCAUUGUGCUCGCUGCCGUAAGAUCAGCGGUGAAUACACUACCACUAACCUUGUCGUGCCGAAGACGAGAUUUCAAUUGACGAGCGUCUCGAAGUGGCCCUCUCUCGUUCCGGGUCUAUCAAAGACCACCCGCAUUUUCAAUGCUGUCCUGCCAGAUGAUAAGCAUGGACAUAUCUGUUUUUGCAGCCAUUGUGGGUCAGUUCUCUAUCGCGAAUCUGAAAUGCAGGGAAUGCGCGGCCUAAUUUUUGUGCCAGUGGGCACUCUUGAUGACAUUGACUCGGUCAUCAACUUGAGAGAGGAAGAAUGGUAUUAA